AUGCAAAAUUAUAACGGAGUUGAUGCUAAAGCCUUAGCAUAUGCCCAGAGGCGGGAAGGGAAAUGUUUGGCCAAAGUUAAUCCUAAUAUAUAUUUAUGGUGUAAUAUUUGCUCUAAUGUACCGGAAAGAACAUGCCGAUAUAUAUUUGAAGAUUUAUUGCAUAAAAAAUUCCCACUCCGAAAACCUAAGUUCUUGGAAGAAUUAUAUCUGGAUGGAUACAAUGAAGAGUUAGGUUUGGCCUUCAAAUAUAGUGGUAAUCAAUAUUACCAAAUAGUGCCUUUUUUUCAUCCACAAGAACAGAUAAAUCUAGAUGCACAAAUUUGGCAUGACUGGAAAAAGAGGGCUCUAUGUUAUAGAAAAGGAGUAAUCCUUAUCACAAUUCCCUAUUGCGCCAUUGAUUUAGAAGCUUUUAUAAGAAGCACCUUGUAUGCAUUUGGUUUCUUUCCAAUAAGAACCAUCUAG